AUGGCAACUUCACUUCUAGGGGAAGAACCGAGGUUGGGAUCAACUCCUUUGGCCAUGCUUGCUGCUACCUGUAAUAAGAUCGGCAGCCCCAGCCCUUCUCCCUCCUCCCUCUCGGACAGCUCAUCUUCCUUCGGCAAAGGCUUCCACCCCUGGAAACGUUCCUCGUCCUCCUCCUCCGGCAGCUGCAACGUAGUGGGCUCCAGUCUCUCGAGCUUCGGCGUGUCGGGCCCCUCCAGGAACGGCGGCUCGUCCUCGGCCGCGGCGGCUGCCGCGGCUGCGGCGGCUGCGGCUGCGGCCCUGGUGACCGACUCGUUCAGCUGCGGCGGCUCGCCGGGCUCUAGCGCCUUCUCCCUAACCUCCAGCAGCGCCGCCGCUGCCGCCGCGGCAGCCGCCGCCGCCGCCUCGAGCUCUCCCUUCGCAAACGACUACUCGGUGUUCCAGGCCCCUGGCGUGUCGGGGGGCGGCGGCGGCGGGGGCGGCGGCGGCGGCGGCUCCUCCGCGCACUCGCAGGACGGCUCCCACCAGCCAGUGUUCAUCUCCAAGGUGCACACCUCUGUGGACGGGCUGCAGGGCAUCUACCCGCGCGUGGGCAUGGCUCACCCAUACGAGUCGUGGUUCAAGCCCUCGCACCCCGGCCUGGGCGCCGCCGGCGACGUGGGCUCGGCCGGCGCCUCCAGCUGGUGGGACGUGGGCGCGGGCUGGAUCGACGUGCAGAACCCGAACGGCGCGGCGGCGCUGCCCGGCUCGCUGCACCCCGCCGCCGGGGGGCUCCAAACCUCGCUGCACUCGCCGCUCGGAGGCUACAACUCGGAUUACUCAGGCCUGAGCCACUCAGCCUUCAGCAGCGGCGCCUCUUCACACCUGCUCAGCCCCGCCGGGCAGCACCUCAUGGACGGCUUCAAGCCGGUGCUGCCUGGCUCCUACCCGGACUCGGCCCCAUCACCGCUGGCUGGAGCUGGGGGCUCCAUGCUGAGCGCGGGGCCGUCUGCGCCGCUGGGGGGCUCCCCGCGCUCUUCCGCCCGCCGCUACUCCGGCCGCGCCACCUGCGACUGCCCGAACUGCCAGGAGGCGGAGCGGCUGGGUCCGGCCGGGGCGAGCCUGCGGCGCAAGGGCCUGCACAGCUGCCACAUCCCGGGCUGCGGCAAAGUGUACGGCAAGACGUCGCACCUCAAGGCGCACCUGCGCUGGCACACGGGCGAGCGGCCCUUCGUGUGCAACUGGCUCUUUUGCGGCAAGCGGUUCACGCGCUCCGACGAGCUGCAGCGGCACCUGCGGACCCACACCGGCGAGAAGCGCUUCGCCUGCCCGGUCUGCAACAAGCGCUUCAUGCGCAGCGACCACCUCAGCAAGCACGUGAAGACGCACAGCGGCGGCGGCGGCGGCGGCGGCGGCUCGGCGGGGUCAGGCAGCGGCGGCAAGAAGGGCAGCGACACCGACAGCGAGCACAGCGCCGCGGGCAGCCCGCCCUGCCACUCCCCGGAGCUGCUGCAGCCCCCCGAGCCUGGGCACCGCAACGGCCUGGAGUGA